AUGAUGUUCCCUACCUAUCUCGCCCAAGCGUCCAUCGCGGCCUUGGUGGUAAUGCUCGGAACUCAGAUGCAGACAGUCGCCGCCCAGGUAGCACCGCCCGCAUGCUCGACAGUCGACCAGCCAAACCCCAUCUUUAGCCAGUACCCGAACAACGCGACAGGCGUUCUGAACGUUACGAUGGCUAUCAUUCCGAUCCCAAUGACGACGGCGCGCCAGAUUGUUCCUCAACAAUACGCCAUCUUGGAGACCUCCUUCCGGGCCCUCAUGCCAGACUUCCCGCCCGGCAUGUAUCCUGUCGUUGUCCAGGCGGGCCACGACCACGAUAUCAGGUUUCAGGACUUUAGCAUUCCCGACUUCAGUAGAGCUGGUUUUGAAUUCCCAUUCUUGGACGUCUUGGGCGACGGCACAUCUUCGUUCCGAUGGGCCCCCGCGCAAUUGAUUUCGGCCAGCAACCCCACAGCAAUCACUGGCUCCGAGGCGUACGGAACCGAUGUUCACGCCGCCACCUUUGCCCCCGAGUGUAAUGCCUAUGCGGCUCUCCCCCAAGGCGGCAACUCCUUCAACGCCUCGGCGGACGGCACCUACAUGUCUCUGGAGAUGAAGAGCUCAGGUGGCUCCCCGUAUACGCUGGCCAUGUUCGACGCCAUCAUCAACCAGCCGAUUUUCGCCAAUGGUACGAAAUGCGACCAGCAAAUCCGCUUGUUCAAUACGUCCCUGACCCAGGGCGCCUUCGCACCGGUUCCCGUCUGCGGAUCCAUCAAAUCCAACCUAGGACCUUUCAAGACGGACGCAGCCUUCGCCGACGUGGCAGGUUUCCAGGUUGCUACGGCCUUUAUUGAAAACAACUAUCUCCCGUGCGAAAUGUUUAGAGGAUACAACCCCGUUAAAACCACAUGA